AUGACUUCUUUGAUUGGUCUUUGCUGGACCUAUACUCCAGAAGCAAACCCUGUCCUUGCCGGUCUUGGUCUUGUCCUCUUUGCUCUGGUCUCGGUUGUUCUAUACCUGAGACCCAGUCGAGGAUGCAGGCAUACCGCAGACUUGACAAUUACACAAGGAAACAUGAUCAACAUCCCCACCUGGAAAAGAUCCUAUGGCCUGGAUAUACAGCAGCCCUAUAGGCGUCGCUCGUAUGGGUUCGAAGAUAUGUAA